AUGGAGGGCUACUUGCAGUCAUAUGCAUCCCUCUGCGGCCUUGCACUUAUUGUUGCAGGGUGGCUGGUGCACUGGGCGUACAAGUGGAACAAUCCUCCGUGCAACAUUGGGAGGCUUCCUCCUGGAUCCAUGGGCUUCCCUCUCGUUGGCGAGUCCUUACAGUUCAUGAGGCCAAGCCCUUCUCUCGACAUCUCAGGCUUCUACAAGCAAAGGUUGAAAAGGUACGGCACGUUGUUCAAGACGAACCUGGUUGGACACCCGGUGGUGGUGUCCAUGGACGCGGACGUGAACCGCUUCAUCUUCCAGCAGGAAGGCAAGCUGUUCCGGAGCUGGUACCCGGACACGGCCAACAGCAUCUUCGGAAAGGACAGCAUGGCCAACUGCGACGGCUCCGUCCACAAGUACGUCCGCAGCUUCGCGGCCAGGCUCUUCGGCCCCGACAGCCUCCGGGACGUGCUCCUCGCUGAGAUAGGGCGCAGCGUGACGCAGAACCUUGCUGCAUGGGCCGCGGAGCCUGUCAUCGAGGUCAAGGACGCCAUGGCCACGAUGAUAUUUGACCACACGGCCAAGAAGCUUAUUGGUUUUGGCCCCGAAAAGUCAAGGAAACUUAGGAAGAACUUUGAUGCCUUCUUCCAGGGAAUGGUUUCCUUCCCGCUGUAUUUUCUUGGGACAACAUUCUACGGAUGUAUACAGGGAAGGAAAAACGUGCAAAAGGUACUCACGGACCUACUAAAAGAAAGGCUCAGUACACCUCAGAAGCGACACGGUGACUUCCUCGAUGAGGUGCUCGACGAGCUACAAAGUGGGACGGGAAUGAUGAACGAGAAAUUUGCUGUAGAUUUCGUUGCCGCCAUGCCUCAAGUCAAGUCUAAGUGGGAGGUGGGAAUCCAGAUCAAGAUAAUUCCCUGGUUGGUUUCGGCUGGCUACGACGACGACGCGCCCGCGGGUGCCGAUGUACUUCUUGGAGAUGUCGUUUGUGUCCGCCUUACCUCUUCCCACCUCACCGCUUCUCAGGUGAAAACCCUAACUGCAGUGGGCGGCGAUGCUCAAGGCAUCGUGUCCUUCUUGAAGAGGCCGGGGUAA